UGUACAUACCUCAGGUUAGAUGGAAAAAAUAUCAGUGUGGGACCUUGCCCAUGGGAAGUACUAAACAAAUGGCACCCUUUCUUCCAUGGCUCAGGAAACGCUCCUGGAUAGAGCCAACAAGAUAACUCUCUGUGUGGACUUAGGCUGCCAAGGCCUGCCAAGGGCUGCAGAUGAAGAUGGGGAGUGUCCGCUGCAAACUGGCCCACUAUCUGGAGGACUUGGAGGAGGCAGACUUUAAGAAAUUCAAAAUGCACUUAGAAGACUAUCCUCCUCUAAAGGGCUGCAUCCCACUCCCACGGGGUCAGACAGAGAAGGCAGACCACGUGGACCUAGCCACUCUGAUGAUCGACUUCAAUGGGGAGGAGAAGGCCUGGGCCAUGGCGGUGGGGAUUUUUGCUGCAAUCAACAGGAGAGACCUUCAUGAGAAAGCUAAGUGGGAUGAACCAGACUGGAGAAAUUCACAUGUUUCUAAUCCCACUGUGAUAUGCCGGGGAGAGAGCACUGAAGAGGACUGGACGGGGCUACUGGGGUACCUUUCCAGAAUCUCCAUUUGUAAAAAGAAGAAAGAUUACUGCCGGAAGUACAGAAGGCAUGUGAGAAGCAAAUUCCAGUGCAUUGAAGAUAGGAAUGCCCGUCUCGGUGAGAGUGUGAACCUCAACAAACGCUACACACGGUUGCGUCUCGUCAAGGAGCAUCCAAAUCGGCAGGAGAGGGAGCACGAGCUUCUGGCCAUUGGCAGGACCAAGACAUGGGACCGACCUGUGACUUCCGUUAAGCUGGAAUUCCUGUUUGACCCUGAUGAUGAGCACGUGGAGCCCGUGCACACAGUGGUAUUCCAGGGAGCAGCGGGCAUUGGGAAGACAAUCCUGGCCAGGAAGAUUAUGCUGGAUUGGUCAUCAGGGAGACUCUACCAAGACAGGUUUGACUACUUGUUCUACAUCCACUGUCGGGAAGUGAGCCUGGUGACUCGGAGGAGCCUGGGGGAUCUGAUCGCCAGCUGCUGCCCUGACUCAAACCCACCCCUAGGCAAGAUUGUGAGCAAGCCCUCCAGGAUCCUCUUCCUCAUGGACGGCUUUGAUGAGCUACAAGGUGCAUUUGACGAGCACGAGGGAGCUCUGUGCACCGACUGGCAGAGAGCUGAGCGGGGAGAUGUGCUCCUGAGCAGCCUCAUCAGGAAGAAGCUGCUUCCUGAGGCCUCCUUGCUCAUCACCACCAGGCCUGUGGCCCUGGAGAAACUGCAUCACUUACUGGACCACCCUCGUCAUGUGGAGAUUGUGGGUUUUUCAGAGGCCAGGAGAAAAGAGUAUUUCUUCAAGUACUUCUCAGAUGAGUCUCAAGCCAGGGAGGCCUUCAGUCUGAUUCAGGAGAACGAGGUUCUCUUCACCAUGUGCUUCAUCCCCCUGGUCUGCUGGAUUGUGUGCACUGGCCUGAGACAGCAGAUGGAGAGUGGCAAGAGUCUUGCCCAGACGUCCAAGACCACCACUGCAGUGUAUGUGUUCUUCCUUUCCAGUCUACUGCAGCCCCGAGGAGGGAGCCAGGAGCACCACCUCUCUGCCCACCUCCGUGGGCUGUGCUCUCUGGCUGCAGAUGGGAUCUGGAACCAGAAGAUCCUGUUUGAGGAAUGUGACCUCAGGAAUCAUGGCCUGCAGAAGGCUGACAUUUCUGCCUUCCUGAGGAUGAACCUGUUCCAAAAGGAGGUGGACUGUGAGACAUUCUACAGCUUUAUACACAUGACCUUCCAGGAGUUCUUUGCUGCUAUGUACUACCUGCUAGAAGAGGAGGAAGAGGGAGUUGUCAGGAAGCCAGGGAGUUGCUCGAAGCUUCCAAACCGAGAUGUGACAGUACUUCUCGAAAACUAUGGCAAAUUUGAAAAGGGAUAUUUGAUUUUUGUUGUCCGUUUUCUCUUUGGCCUUGUAAACCAGGAGAGAACCUCCUACUUAGAGAAGAAAUUAAGUUGCAAGAUCUCUCAGCAAAUCAGGGUGGAGCUGCUGAAAUGGAUUGAAGCUAAAGCCAAGGCCAAGAAGCUUCAGAUCCAACCCAGCCAGCUGGAGCUGUUCUACUGUUUGUACGAGAUGCAGGAGGAGGACUUUGUGCACAGAGCCAUGGAUCACUUCCCCAAAAUUGAGAUCAACCUCUCCACUAGAAUGGACCAUGUGGUGUCUUCUUUUUGCAUUGAGAAUUGUCGCAGCGUGGAAUCACUUUCCCUGGGGUUUCUCCAUAACUCGCCAAAGGAAGAGGAGGAAGAGGAAGAGGAGGAGGACAGUCAACAUCCAGACAUGGGCCAGGGUGUCCUCCCAAGCCCUCAGGCCACCUGCUCCAAUCGAUUAGCAAAUUAUCUCACUUCCAGUUUCUGCCGUGGCCUCUUCUCAGUUCUGUGCACCAACCCGAGCCUGACAGAACUGGAUCUCAGUGACAAUACUCUGGGGGACCCAGGGAUGAGAGUGUUGUGUGAGACACUUCGGCACCCUGGUUGUAACAUUCAGAGAUUGUGGUUGGGGCGGUGUGGCCUUUCCGAGCAGUGCUGUUUUGACAUCUCCUUGGUCCUGAGUAGCAGCCAGAAGCUGGUGGAACUGGAUCUAAGCGACAAUGCCCUGGGAGACUUUGGAAUCAGACUUCUGUGUGUGGGACUGACACAUCCACUCUGCAGUUUGAAGAAACUCUGGCUGGUCAGCUGCUUUCUCACAUCAGCAUGUUGUCAGGAUCUUGCAUCAGUUCUGAGCACCAACCAGUCCCUGACAAGACUCUACGUGGGGGAAAAUGCCCUGGGAGACUCAGGAGUAGAAAUGUUAUGCGAAAAGGUCAAGCAUCCAGGAUGUAACCUGCAGAAACUGGGGCUGGUGAAUUCUGGCCUCACAGCAGCUUGCUGUUCAGCUCUGUCAUUGGCUCUCAGUGCUAAUCAGAAUCUUACACACCUUUACUUAAGAGGCAAUGCUCUUGGAGAUGUGGGGGCCAAACGCCUCUGUGAGGGUCUCUCGCACCCCAACUGCAAGCUCCAGUUGUUAGAAUUAGACAGUUGCAACCUCACGUCACGCUCCUGCUGGUACCUUUGCACACUUUUAACUUCCACUCAGAGCCUGCGCAAGCUGAGCCUGGGGAACAACGACUUGGGCGACCUGGGCGUCAUGAUGCUAUGUGAAGUUCUGAAGCAUGGGGACUGCCUCCUCCAAAGCCUGCAGUUGUGUGAAAUGUACUUCAAUUAUGAGACAAAACGCGCACUGGAAGCCCUUCAAGAAGAAAGGCCUGAGUUGACCCUCAUCUUUGAACCUUCUUGGUAGGGAUGGAAACGGCAGUGCUGACAUCAGUGUCCCUCGGCCCUGACAUCCAGGCAUGCAUGGGAAGAGGAAGUGCUUCUUUAUCCAGAGUCGAGGUUCCAUGCUUCAGGUCAUCUGGUCCCGAGUCAGGCAGUGAGAGCUGGUGGUCCCUUCAGGGUGAAGACCCCAAGACACCAUGAUACUGAUCCCCUCACACCACUUCAGUCAGAGGGUGUCCCUCUUGGUGACCUCGUGUAAUUAACUCAUCCAGUAAAUUCUUCUGUCUUUUCCCUUCUUACUCUAACUUUAUCUUUUCCCUUCUUUGCUCUCUUUACUUCUAUUUGUGUUACUCUUGCUAUCUUUCUAUUAACUGACUGUAAUAUAGAACUAGUUCACAAGACAUAAUGUAAUUUUGUGGCAGCUAAUUAUUUAUUUUUAUUUUUGUAACACUUGUAUUUUCUAAUAAAAUUAUUUAAUAAAA